AUGGGCACCGCAGACCUGUGCGACGUGCACCACCCGCGUAACGUCGACGUCGUCGGCACGGACGGCAUCAAGAUCGCGGAGCCGGGCCUGCGGGACCUGGGGGGCAAGGUCAGGUUUCAUGGGAUGAUCAGCACAGUGCGCUGCUUCGAGAACAACCCGCUCGUCCGCAAGGCCCUCGAGGAGCCCGGGAACGGCCGCGUCCUCGUCGUCGACGGCGGCGCCUCCCGCCGCUGCGCGCUCCUGGGCGACAACCUCGCGGCGAUGGCGGUGCGCAACGGCUGGAGCGGGCUCGUGAUCAACGGCAUGAUCCGCGACUCCGAGGACGUGGCGCAGAUGGACCUCGGCGUCAAGGCGUGGGGCACGCACCCGCUGAAGAGCAGCAAGCGCGACGCGGGUCUCCGGGACGUGCCGGUGUCGUUCUGCGGCGUGCAGUUCGUGCCGGGACACUGGCUGUACGCGGACGGCGACGGCAUCGUCGUGUCGGAGACCGAGCUCCCGACGCCCCCCCGCGAAGAGCCGCUGAAGUAA